CCCUCUCCGACAUCGUCCUCCUUAACUCACCGCCAUGACCGUAUACCAAGCGACUGCAUCGGCUCCUGUCAACAUUGCUUGCAUCAAAUACUGGGGCAAGCGCGACACCAAGCUCAUCCUCCCUACCAACUCCUCUCUAUCUGUUACACUCGACCAGGAUCACCUGCGCUCGACUACGACCUCACGCGCAGACCCGUCCUUUGAGAAAGACAGGCUCUGGCUGAAUGGCGAGGAAGAUGAGAUCAAGGAGGGCGGCCGUCUGGCUACGUGCAUCAAGGAGGUGAAGAGUCUGCGAAGGCAGCUGGAGGAGAAGGACGCGAGUCUACCAAAGAUUUCUGGAUACCCUGUGCACAUCAGCUCGCACAAUAACUUCCCCACUGCCGCUGGUCUGGCGUCUUCUGCGUCCGGUUUCGCCGCACUUGUCGCAUCGCUGGCCGCCCUAUACCAACUGCCCACGGAUGCGUCCCGCCUCUCGCUCAUCGCGCGCCAGGGCUCCGGCUCCGCCUGCCGCUCGCUCUUUGGCGGAUUUGUCGCGUGGCAAAUGGGCGAAAAAGCUGAUGGGUCCGACUCGUACGCGGUACAGGUCGCGCCGCGCGAACACUGGCCGGACGUGCACGCGCUCAUCUGCGUCGUGAACGACGAGAAGAAGGGCACGUCCUCUACAUCCGGUAUGCAGCGCACCGUCGAGACCUCCGCGCUCCUCCAGCACCGCAUCGCGCACGUCGUGCCGGAGCGCAUACGUGCGAUAUCCGACGCGAUCAAGGCGCGCGACUUCGACGCGUUCGCGCGCAUCACGAUGCAGGACUCGAACCAGUUUCACGCUGUUUGCCUCGACACCGACCCGCCGAUCUUCUACAUGAACGACGUCUCGCGCGCCCUCAUUGCGCUCAUCGUCGAGUACAACCGCGUCGCGCUCGCGAACGGCGGGAAGCUCAAGGCGGCGUACACGUACGACGCGGGCCCCAACGCAGUCAUUUACGCGCCGAAGGAGAACAUCAAGGAGAUCGUGGAGCUCGUCGUGAAGUACUUCCCCCAGGCACAGGCGUUCAAGGACCCCUUCGCCCUGUUUACUGGGAAGGACGUGCAGGGCAAGGUCGUGGAGGGUUUCAACGAGGCGGUGGCGAAACCGUUCGCUGUCGGUGCGGUCAAGGGUCUCAUCCACACUCGUGUUGGGGAUGGUCCUAGGACGCUGGGUGCUGAGGAAGCUCUCCUGGGCCAGGACGGUUUCCCUCUCAAGCGCUGAACUUACACAGUCGUGCGACAGAUUGCACUGGGAUAUAGAGGAAUACGAGCAUCUUCUUGGCACCUUGUAUUGAUAUCACUGCAACGAGGAACAUCAGACUCACGUCCUAACCUG